CCAACACGUCCCUUUGCAGAUCUCCUUGAUAUUUUUUCCCCCUCCAAUUAUUAGUAUUCUCGCCAUUAUUUUCUUUUUUAGCUAUUACAAGACUUUUUUUAUUUCCAGAUGUUAGUCCACACCUAUUCCGCCAUGGACCGGCAUGAUGGAGUGCCCAGCCACAGUUCCAGGCUGUCCCAGCUGGGAUCCGUCUCCCAGGGACCCUACUCCAGCGCUCCUCCGCUCUCUCACACCCCAUCCUCGGAUUUCCAGCCGCCUUAUUUCCCACCCCCCUACCAGCCUCUUCCUUACCACCAAAGCCAGGACCCUUACUCCCAUGUCAAUGACCCCUACUCCCUGAACCCAUUGCAUCAACCCCAGCAGCACCCCUGGGGACAGAGGCAGAGGCAAGAGGUGGGAUCAGAAACCGGGUCACUGCUGCCACAGCCUCGGGCCGCCCUGCCCCAGCUCUCUGGACUGGACCCCAGGCGGGACUACCACUCAGUAAGGAGGCCAGAUGUCCUUCUACACUCAGCUCACCAUGGCCUUGACUCCGGCAUGGGGGACAGCCUUUCUCUGCAUGGCAUCGGACACCCAGGGAUGGAGGAGGUCCAGUCAGUUGAAGAUGCCAAUAACAGCGGUAUGAACUUAUUGGACCAGUCUGUCAUUAAAAAAGAAAGGCGCUGUCCGUUGUACAAAAGGCAUCGGGGGGCUCUGACACAGGCUCAACCCCGAAAGCUGCCAGUUCCGGUUCCUCCAAAAUCUGUUACUUCUUUGAUGAUGAAUAAAGAUGGCUUCCUGGGUGGAAUUUCAGUCAAUACCGGAGAGGUUUUUUGCUCUGUACCCGGCCGCUUGUCUUUGCUUAGUUCAACUUCAAAGUAUAAAGUAACUGUGGGAGAAGUUCAAAGGCGCCUUUCUCCUCCCGAGUGUCUGAACGCAUCUCUCCUAGGAGGAGUACUUAGAAGAGCCAAAUCGAAAAACGGGGGGAGAUCUUUGCGAGAAAGGCUAGAAAAAAUCGGUUUGAAUUUACCAGCCGGCAGGCGUAAGGCCGCAAAUGUCACUUUACUCACGUCCCUGGUGGAAGGUGAGGCCGUUCAUUUAGCUCGGGAUUUUGGGUACAUCUGCGAAACAGAGUUCCCAGCCAAAGCUGUUUCUGAGUAUCUGAACAGACAGCACACGGACCCCAGCGACCUCCACUCCAGGAAAAACAUGCUGCUUGCUACAAAGCAACUUUGUAAAGAAUUUACAGAUCUCUUGGCCCAGGACAGGACGCCCAUUGGAAACAGCAGGCCCACCCCUAUUUUGGAACCGGGCAUUCAGAGCUGCUUGACUCACUUCAGCCUCAUCACUCACGGCUUUGGGGCCCCUGCUAUCUGCGCUGCCCUCACAGCCCUUCAAAACUACCUGACUGAAGCUCUCAAAGGCAUGGACAAGAUGUUCUUGAACAACAACACUGCUAACAGGCACACAUCUGGCGAAGGACCAGGUAGUAAAACUGGAGACAAGGAAGAGAAACACAGAAAAUGAGAGAGAAAGAGAGAGAGAGAGAGAGGAAAACAAACAAACAAACAAACAAACAAAAGAAAGAAAAAGGAAAAAAAGAAAGAUAAAAGGAGAAAAGAAAGAGAGAGAGAUAAUCUUUGAAAGCAAAACGCUUUUAAUUCUAGCUUUAAAAACAUUGGAUUGGGCUUUGGAUGAAUUCUAUUAGGUAGGACAAAAUAAUAAUAAUAAGAAUAACUACAAUAAUAAUAAUGAUGAUGAUGAUGAUAACAGACAAUAAUUUAAGAUCAGAGGAGCACAAUGGCGCAAGACCAGUGGUCCAGAGUCUCUUGCCAGGAACAUGUGAAGACAACCACCAGGAUAUUUUUUUUUCCCCCUCCCCUCCCCCCAAGUUCUGUUCU